AUGAAGUUCAUCACCGGAGGCAAGUUAAUAGAAUUGAAGGGUGAUCGCGAGAAGAACCCGGAACAGGUAACACCCUCACAACUUCGUCAUUUACUUUACACGAAUCCAACAAGCACGUUCUUUCACGUUCGUGUGGAAAAGCAUACCCCACCCCAACCUGCAACACACACACUCCCGGAAAUUACAUCCUUGAUUACCAGAUACUCUUCAUUGUUUCAACCCCCAACAACCUUACCACCCUUGCGACCCACGGACCACGCCAUAACCCUACUACCAAAUACAGCUCCUGUGAAUGUAAAGCCCUACAGAUACCCCUAUUAUCAAAAACAGGAGAUAGAGGACCAGGUGAAUGCCAUGCUUGAAAAAGGAUUCAUUCAACCAAGCUCAAGUUCAUUUUCAUCACCCGUUUUACUGGUAAAGAAAAAGGAUGGAGGAUGGCGAUUCUGUGUAGAUUAUAGAGCUCUGAACGCGGUUACGGUGAAAGAUCGGUUUCCAAUCCCCACGGUGGAUGAGCUUCUGGACGAACUUGGAGGAGCUAGGUGGUUCUCGAAGCUUGAUCUGAUGCAAGGGUAUCAUCAAAUCCUCAUGCGGGAGGAAGAUAUUCUUGUAACAGGAAAGUUUUCACUGAAACUCUCCAAAUGUAUGUUCGCUCAGAAGCAAUUGGAGUAUUUGGGCCAUGUCGUGGCGGGAGACAGUGUACGACCAGUACCGGAGAAGGUUCAGGCCAUUCAGGGAUGGCCAACACCACGAUCGCCAAGAGCAUUGCGAGGGUUCUUAGGUCUCGCUGGAUUCUAUAGAAGAUUUAUAAAGGGAUAUGCAACUCUUGCAGCACCCCUUACUAAGCUACUAUGUCACGCGCAGUUCCAGUGGUCUCCGGCGGCCAGUGAGGCCUUUCAGAAACUUAAAGAAGCAAUCAUGGCUGCUCCUGUUUUAGCCUUACCCAACUUCAAAAUCCUGUUUGUUGUCGAAAUGGACGCGUCAGGGACAGGUAUGGGAGCGGUUCUUAUGCAAGAAGAUCACCGCAUUUCCUUCUUCAGUAAGCAAUUAUGCCCGAAAUUGAUGAAUGCAUCAACAUAUGUCCGAGAACUCGCAGCCAUAACCUCCACCGUCAAGAAGUGGAGACAGUACCUGCUAGGUCACAAGUUCAUUAUAGUUACUGAUCAUUGA